AAGCGGGAAGCGCUCAUGGAGCCGGGUGUCGAAAGACGGGCCAUCUCAAAGCCACACCCUCCAGUUGUAGGCCAUGUAAGUCACCACAACAUUCAGCUAAAUUGGGACUUUGAAGGACAAAGAAACGGACCUCAGGAGAAAUGGAUAAAAUUUUCUGUUGAAGAAGAGGAUCCCAAGUUGCGCACAUAUGGAAUAAUUUAUACGGGCUAUGCUCGGCAGCAUGUUGUGGAAGGACUUGAACCUAGAACAACAUACAGAUUUCGACUUAAAGUGACAGAUCCUGCUGGGGAUUCUGCUUACAGUUCGCCAAUUUGUGUAACUACAACAAGAGAACCAAUGAGUGGAGCCCAACUCCAUCGUGCUGUGAGCAUGAAUGAUGUGAAUGCAGUUCUUAAUAUUCUUCAAGGAAAGCAAGUGGUGGUGGAUACACUUAAUAAAUUAGGAUAUUCAGCUUUGAUGGUUGCUUCACAAAAAGGAUUUGGCAGACUUGUCGAAAUUUUGGUAGAGAAUGGAGCAGAAGUGAACAAGAAGAAUAGCAGUGGGAAAGACAGUUUAAUGAUAGCUUGUUUUUCCGGUCACCUGGAUAUUGUCCAAUACCUCAGAUCCCAAGGAGCUUCUUGGGAAACAAGAGACCUUGGGGGCUGCACAGCUAUGCACUGGGCAGCUGAUGGAGGACACUUUGAUGUUGUUCAAUGGAUGAUUGAGGAUGGUUGCAAGGUUGAUGUUAAAGACAUAGGACUGGAAUGGACUCCACUGAUGAGAGUAUGUGCAGUAAGUGGGAAGAGUGAUGUGGCGGCUCUGUUAAUCGAAGCUGGAGCAAAUGUGAACUUAAAAGAUAAGGAUGGCAAGACACCUUUAAUGGUGGCAGCAUUAAACAACCAUGAAGAGUUGGUUCAAGUACUGCUGGAGAAAGGGGCAGACAUUACAGUUAAAAAUGAGUACGGCAAAGGUGCCCUGGAAAUGGCUAGAAGUUUAAACAGAAUGAGUGUGGUUUCAUUGAUAGAAGCAAGCAAAGUAAGGGAGGUGGCUACUGCUUCUAAAGCUUCUGGUGCAGAGUUAAAUGAUGAAAGUAAAUGA